AUGAACACCUCUGCUGACGAUUUAUCCAACCCAAAGGAACAAGCGGAGGAUGGCUUCCAGUCAACAAAUCCGUGGCAAGCGGCCUUCGAUCGCUUAUCAGACGAGGACCAGCGUGUUUUGAUGCCGGAACGUUCCACCGAUGCGACCGGCGAAGACCAUCAGGCGUCCUCCGUCAUGACAGGUGCUCUAAAUGAGGUUAUCAAUACGGUGAAAACUCAGCAUGAGAUUCGAAUGCUGAAAAAUGAUAACUCGCUGCAGGUAGGGGCUCGGCGGAUAAUCAAUCCUGCGUUGGCUGCCCAAGAGAGUGUUUCGGCACUGGUAGCCUGUGACCCGACUGGACAUGCAUCAAGUGCCUGGACUGUGAUAUCUGUUGGAUUGAAGAUCACACAGAACUAUCGCGAUCGGCAAAAUGGGUGGUUUCAAUCCGCGGCGUUCCUCUCUGAAACCCUCGCUCGUAUGACAUUGACUGAGGCACGAUACUUCAAGGAUGCCCAUUCCGAGACAAAAGAAGUCAUGAUCAAUGCUUUGAUCGAGACAUAUGUGGAGAUCUUGCAUUACUCAGCUGAGAUUCUUGAUACGAUAACCAACAUGACAUCAAUCCCUCUUGAGACCAUUGAAUCAUCUGUCAGGAGUAAAUAUGCCAUCUUAAAGGAGUGGAUCGACAUUGAAAAGGACCUCAAUCAUGACGAUAAAAUAGAUAGUAUACUCGCUGGAAUCAAUGAUGUACUGGCCGCCGUUCAGAACAUGCAGACAAGCUCAUACCUUCGAGAUCUACCAACUGCCGCCAAUGCAUCAUAUGAUUCCUAUUCCGGAGAACCGGAGUCGCAGUGUCUUUCAGGAACAAGGGUCGACCUUCUUCAGACGAUUGAAGACUGGGCUGACAAUCCUAAUGGGAGACCCUUGUUUUGGCUGAAUGGGAUGGCUGGCACUGGGAAGUCAACCAUUUCGCGGACUGUUUCCAAGAUUAUGAAUAAACGCGGACUGUUAGGUGCAAGCUUCUUUUUUAAGAGGGGCGAAACUGAUCGUGGAAACUCGGCAAUGUUGUGUCCAACACUACUGCACCAGCUAGUAAGGGUACUGCCCCAGUUGAACGCAGGUCUCGGGGAUGCGGUAAAGUCCGCCAGGGCAACUAUACCUAUACAGUUUGAAGAGCUCCUUUUCAAACCUCUUGCCAAUGUCAACAUGAGUAACGGCCAGAGGUUCCCACUGAUUGUUGUGAUAGAUGCUUUGGAUGAGUGCGUGGACCUGAAAAACAUCCAAUUCUUACUCCAACUUCUGCCACGCCUUCGUGGUAGAGGUUCCUCUGUGGAACUAAGGUUCUUUCUAACAAGUCGGCCGGAAAUUGCAAUCAAUCUGGGGUUCAAGAAUGAGGAGGUCUCGGACCAACACCAAGACGCCAUCUUACAUGACAUCAAGGAGUCUGUUGUCAGGAAUGAUAUCGCGAUAUUCUUCAAUCACAACUUACCUACCAUCCGGAAUGAAAGAGGGUUGGAAAAGAAUUGGCCCGGGGAAGAGAACAUCCAAAAACUUAUUGGACUGGCUGUGCCUUUGUUCAUUUUUGCAGCUACCAUCUGCCGACUCUUUCAAGAUUCUUGUUGGCACCCGAUUGACUCUUUGAACAAAAUCCUGGAACAUCGAGAGGAGGAAUCACGACUGGUUACUACCUACGCAACCGUCGUCGAAGGUUUACUUCAAAAUCAAGAUGUCAACAAACAAGCACAACUAGUAGGAGAAACACAGGAGGUGGUUGGUGCCAUUGUGAUCCUCGAGGACCCGCUUGCAGUCUUGCCACUCUCGGAUCUUAUCCGACAACCAAAGACUACUGUUCAGGUCAGAGUUGAGUCGCUCCCCUCCGUGCUUAAAGUUCCCAGUCGGCCUGAUCAACCGGUGAAACUCUUCCACAAAUCAUUUCGGGAUUUCAUUCUCGAUCCGAAGACGCGCGAUAAAAAUCGAUUCUGGGUCGAUGAAACGGAGAUGAACAAAAGAAUGGCAUACAACUGCAUUCGAGUGAUGGAGAGGAAGAAGCGGGGGCUUCGGAAAAAUAUAUGUGGCCUCAAGAGCUAUGAAAUUUUGAGAGAAGAGAUUGAUGAUGGCGUCGUCCAGAAACAGUUUCCAGCUGAGCUCCAGUAUGCGUGCCGACAUUGGGUCCGCCAUCUAGAACAAGGAAAGGUCGCCCUGACCGGCCACGACACAGUACACCAAUUUCUUCAACAACAUUUUCUUCAUUGGCUCGAAGCAAUGGCCAUUCUAGGGUUUUUGCCACAGCUUUUGGGCAGUAUCGAUAGACUGCAGUCUCUUGUAAAGAGCCAAAACGAGUCCGAGAUAACAACGUUCCUCUACGACGCAAAGCGCUUUCUCUUGGCAAACAUAAGGAUCGCUGAACAAGCACCUCUACAGCUAUAUUCCUCAGCGCUGGUAUUUGCUCCAAACAGAUCCAUCAUUAGGCGCACUUUCGAAAAGGAUCGUAUUAGUUGUAUUUCCCAACUUCCCUCAGUGGAAUCCGACUGGGGAGCCACGUUGCAGACCAUUGAAGAUCCAGAUGGUAGUGAUUUUGCAGCACUUGCAGUGUCACCGGAUGAUCGUGUGAUAGCUACAGGCUCAUCUGGAGGAAAUGUUCAUUUGUGGAGGCAGGUAUCGGGCCCAGUAAGUCUUCAACAGACGCUUAGACACUGUGAUUACAGCGAAAUCAGUUGUGUCGCAUUUUCCCCCAAUGGGAAGCUUUUAGCAUCGGCGUCUGAUGAUGGUCUUAUCAGGCUAUGGAAUAUCUCAUCCGGACUAGCUCUCUUGCAAAGUGAACUCAACACAGUUAACAACGAACAUAGAUCUUUGGCUUUUUCACCUGACAGUGAUAUAUUAGCCUUGGCCAGAACAUCUGACGAGGUCCAGUUGUUGGACCUAGAUGGCUUCACAAUACGGGAAACAUUCGAAGGAACUGCCCCAUUCGCAUUCUCUUCUGGUAAUAUGUUUCUUCUUACGGAUCGGGAUCAGAGAACGAUGAGGGUGUUGAAUGUGAAGUCGGGUACCAUUCAAAGUAAUCUCAUAGGACAUUCUGGUAAGGUCGAGUCGGCAGCAUUCUCACCCGACGGCUCCCUGUUAGUUUCACGUGACCGGUCUGAUAUCAAACUGUGGGAUGUGGAAACUGGAAGACAAGAAAAGAAUUUCCCAGAGAGGAUUCAUGCUCCCAGAAAUGUUGAGUUCUCAGCAAACGGUCGUUUCAUCGGGUCGAUCUCUGAGAAUGGUACAAUAAAGCUUCGGGAUAUUGCCUCGGGCGACACGAUGGUGACCUUAGAAGGACACUCAACCUUAGAAGGAGAGUCAGACAUCGAAUAUCUGGCCCUAUUCUCCGACAGUAAAAUGCUGGUUUCGGCCGAUUCCACAUACAUGAAACUGUGGGAUUUAUCUUCACGCGUGAACCACCACGAAGGCAGACCUAUUCCAACAGACAUUGAAUAUUUGCUGCUUUCGGCCGGAAAAGGUACAAUUGCUUCACAAAGCUACGAUGGAAUAUGUUUGUGGGAUAUAGAAAUGGGGAAACCAUGUUUGUUGCCGGAUGUGAAUGAAUGGGAUGGGGACGGACGUUACAGUGGUACGAUGUCCUUCUCGCCGGACGGCAGUAUGUUAUCAUCUGGGUCUAGCACUGGAAUUAUUCGACUAUGGGAUCUACCACCUAGAAGAAUCAUGAGCUCGUUCCAUGGCCAUGAAGACCGGAUUCAUUGCACAGCGAUCUCAUUCGAUCUGAAAUCAAUGGCUUCAGGCUCAUCGGACGGCACAGUUCGAUUAUGGGACAUAAAGUCCGUUAGAUGCAUCCAUGUGUUGCAAAACAGCUCUGGCGAAGACCCCGAAUCAGUUGCAUUCUCGCAGAGUAAUAGGCUAUUAGUUGCUGGUUACUCGGACGGUACUGUCCGGAUAUGGGAAACAGCAUCAGGGACACUGCAAAAGGCCUUCCGAUAUGAUAAUGACACAGACCUCGGUACCUUGAUGCAUGUUAUUGAUGAUAAUAUUAUUACAACUCAUCUAUCAUUCUCUGAAGAUGGAAGUUAUCUGGCGACAAAUGAAAAGGGAUUUCACAUCAACAUCGAUGAGAGAAAUGGAGCGAUCACGUCUUCUCCAUGCAUGAAAGUCAAACACAACGAGGAGUGGGAUUGGAUUCAAUGGGAAGGACAAGAUGUGUUAUGGCUUCCUCCUGAAUACCGUCCAGCAAGCCGAUUAUGCAAAGUAAUGUGGGAUAAUGCGUUUGCUAUGGGGACGGACUCUGGUAGUGUGCUAAUCUUCCGAUUCAACGGUUCUCCAGAUGAUGAUCUGCAUCCUGUGUGUGAUUGA